ACUACAAUGACAACCGUGCUCAACAAUGGAGUGGAGAUGCCACUGUUUGGAUUAGGAACAUGGCAAUCGCCUUCUGAACAAGUUUCUAAAGCUGUGGAACAUGCUCUUCGUACCGGUUACACCCACAUAGAUACUGCGAUGAUAUAUGGGAAUGAGGAUGCAGUUGGGAAAGGUAUCAAAGACUCUGAUGUACCAAGGGAGAACUUCUUCCUCACCACCAAGCUAUGGAACUCGGACCACGAUCCAAAGGAUGUCCCUAAAGCUCUUGAUGAAAGCUUGAAGAAACUAGGUGUUGAUUAUGUUGAUCUCUACCUUAUGCACUAUCCAGCUGCUCAUGAUAAGCAGAAGUUCGAUGCAAGUGGUGAAUUGUCGGUUGUCGAUAUUGACUAUAUAGACACUUGGAAAGCGAUGGAAUCCCUCUUGGACACUGGUAAAGUUAGAGCAAUUGGUGUUUCAAACUUCUCCAGGGGUGAAAUGGAGCGUCUGUUGGAGUCAUGCACUAUUAAACCUCAAGUGCACCAGAUGGAAUUGCACCCCUACUUGAAGCAACAGGAGUUUUUAGAUUGGCAUAAAGGGCAGGAAAUACAUGUUACUGCUUAUUCUGCGUUUGGAAAUCAAAAUCCAACUUAUCAUUUGGAUGGAGAACCUCGCAUUCUAUCCCACCCAGAUGUCCAGAUGGUUGCCAAAAAGUUGGGCAUCAGCGCUUCUCAAGUGGUUAUUGCAUGGGCUUUGAAGAGAGGAACCUCUGUGAUCCCAAAGAGCGUUACACCUGCAAGAAUUGACGAAAAUUUGCAAGGUAGCAAAGUCGUUCUCAGUGAGGAUGACUUCAAUGUGAUCAACAACCUGGGUUAUUCUAUUAGAUACUGUGAUUACGGCCCUGACGUUGGGUAUUGGUUCUAUAAGGAUUUAGAGGCACCAGGAAAGAAGCCAUAA